UGAACUGAAAGUGUUGAGCUAGACACUAGACUUCGUGGGUAAAGCAGUUCGGAGUCCGAAAGCAGUAAGAGUUAGACAAAAUAUAUUACAAGAAGACAGGCUUCCUACUUCCCUCAAGAAAUACGAGCAGGAUUUUCUUACGAUUUCUUCCAGCAAAUUUGAUUAAAGAAUAAAAGAAGACUCCCAUUUCCAAGUGUGCUUGACAUAAAUUUAAGGUCUAUUUCCGUUGGGAUUGCUCUUUGACUUUGCUGGAACUGGAUCUUGGAGCUGUGAUUUCGAAGGUCUAAACAGCUUAAUUAAGAUGGGACAUAAUUGUCGUAACUGCUGAAACUGUGAUUGUAACGUGUUAGGAACUGCCUGUUCUUUGACAAAGUCACUUUGUGUUCACAAUUGAGAAUGCUUCACUGAUUUGACCUCUGCCGGCCUUCCCUGCUGUAGACUAGACAAUCACUAUGGCAAGCAAAGUGAAAGAUUUCAUUGUGCGAUGCUCUCUCAUGUUGCACGCAGUCUGUUGAGAACGACUGCGUCCCGUUUACCAUUGCCAGGUGUUGAUUCUGCUGUACAUGUACUCGGUGCCAACCAUUCUCUUCGUAACGUGGUGAUCAGCUUCAAAAGAACAAUGGCUGCGGAACCUUUCAAGUCAUUUAGUGAUCCUGAGGUCUCAAAGUUUCUGGAUGAUGCCUACAAACUCAUUAAAGAAGAUGUUUUGCAGAAAGGGACUGAUGGCUCUGUUCCAGUUUUGCAGUUUCAACAUCCACAAGAGUUGAUGGAUUUGCUGCCACUUGACAUCUCCUCUGGUCCUGUGAGUCAUGACACUUUGUUGGAUGGGAUGAAGAGCAUUAUCAAAUACAGUGUGAAGACAGGCCACCCACACUUCUACAACCAGCUGUUCGGAGGCCUUGACCCUUACUCCCAGGCGGGUUCCUGGCUUUCCGAGUCUCUCAACUCAAACAUACAUACAUUUGAAGUGAGCCCUGUGUUCAUUGUCAUGGAGAAAUACCUAUUCAAGAAAAUGUGUGAUAUCAUUGGCUUUGAGAAUGGCGAUGGAAUAUUUUGUCCAGGUGGCUCUGCCUCAAAUGUGAUGGCCCUUCAAGUUGCCAGGUACAAGAAAUUUCCACAAGUUAAGACUGAAGGAAUCUACGGAUUGCCUAAGUUGCGCUGCUAUAUUUCAGAAGAUGGACAUUAUUCUCUGAAGAAGGCCGCGGGCUAUCUCGGGUUGGGAAGUGACAAUGUUGUUCCUGUCAAAACAGACGAGCAAGGCCGGAUUCUCACUGAUGACCUAGAGCAGAAAAUACAGGAAGACUUACAGAAGGGUUAUGCUCCGUUGUUUCUGAUGGCGACCUCUGGCUCCACUGUUCUGGGCUCCUUUGAUGACCUCACUGCUCUGAGCAAAGUGUGUCGGCAGCACGGGAUCUGGCUGCAUGCGGAUGCUUGCUGGGGUGGUGGCACUUUGCUGUCCAAGAAACACAGACAUCUGAUGGACGGCGUCCACCUAUGUGACUCUGUGGCUUGGAACUUCCACAAGAUUUACGGCACACCAGUCCAGUGCUCGGCACUGCUGAUAAAUGAUCAGAAAAUCUUAUUAGAUGCCAACAGCUCAAAGGCAGAGUACUUGUUCCAGCCGGAUAAGUGCUAUGAUGUCUCCUACGAUGUUGGUGACAAGACUGUCCAGUGUGGCCGGAAGGUGGACGUGGUCAAAUUGUGGCUACAGUGGAAAGCCUUUGGUGACAGUGGCUUUGAGGCUAGAGUGGACCGAGCCUUUGACAAUGUCAGAUAUCUGCAGGAGAAAGUGAAGACAACUGAAGGCUUUAGGCUUAUCAUGCCAGAGUUCCAGUUUGUGAACGCCUGCUUCUGGUACAUCCCGCCCAGACUGAGAGGUCAGGAGGAGACAAAGGAAUGGUGGGCAGAGGUUGGAAAGGUUGCCCCAAAGGUCAAGGAGAGGAUGGUCAAAGCUGGUACCAUGAUGAUCAAUUACCAGCCAUUGUCCAGCAAAGGACUGGUCAACUUUUUCCGCUUGAUUGUCCACAACCCUUCGAACACCUACAAAGACAUGGACUUUAUCAUCAGUGAAAUAGACCGGCUGGGUUGGGACUUAUAGAACAUUUAAUUUCUUUUUGCACUAUAUUAACUCUUUCAAUACCUGGCACCAGUUUAUUGGCACUAUGUGUUAUUCAAAUCUUACUUUGAGCAAUGAAGCUUGGUAUGAAAAGAGUUGAGGAAAUGUUAUGCCUGUAUGUUGCAAAGUUUUUCAGUAAGAUAUUCUUUCCCUGUGAUUUGAUUUCAUCUGAACGUGAAAAAGUUUGUUGUUGUUGUUGUUGUUUUUUGAUUAAGUUGAAUAAUAUUUUAAGGUAAUUUUAUUUAUUUUUUACCAUGGGUUUGCUGUACCCUGCUCAGGUGAUACUGUUUGGAGUAUCUGUACCAUCCAAACUUGAUGACUGUCUGGUAGUUAAAAGAUUUUGAAUCCGGUAAUGUUGCAUCAAAUUACUGCUUCCAAACUUGUGCCAUCUUCAUCAUGUGCCAGAUCUGCAACAGACAUUGGCUAUCAUGAUACUCCAUUCAUUUCUUUUCUCAGAUGCUCUGACAAAAGGCUACAUUAACCUGAUCUUUCGCUGUCACCCAUCUGUUUCAGCUCUUCAAUUUUGCCAGUGAGAGUUAGGUGUUCAAGGCCUUUAUGUCUAUUCAAGUGUCCCAGAAAUUGCACUUGUCUUUUCCUGAUCAUUUUUUAUCAGGCUGUGGCCCGAUUAAGUCCUUCAAUUACUACCUUAUUUUGUUUCUUUUCCUUCCCAAAUAAUUCACUACAGUCCCCUAAGAAACUACAUUUCCAUAAACUCGAGUGUCACCUGGUGUUUUAACGAA